UUUACUACACACAACCCUUUGGCAGCUAAACACACCAGCAAUGAAAUCUUUGGUAGUAAUGGAGGGUUCUUUCCUUACCAAAAUGCUUAUCCUGAUGGUUCUCUUGUUAGCCACCUUCACCACCUUGGCACUAGGAGAAGGCUAUGGGCGUGGCAAGAAAGGAACUCAGGUGGGCUUCUACAGGGCCACCUGUCCAAAGGUAGAAUUCAUAGUCCAAUCAGCGGUUCGAUCUGCUGUCAAAGCCAACCCCACAAUCGCACCUGGGAUACUAAGGAUGUUCUUCCAUGAUUGUUUUGUCAAGGGUUGUGAUGCAUCGAUUCUAAUCAAUGGCGCGUCUACUGAAAAGAGCGCUGGACCUAACUCCCUCUUGAGAGGCUUUGAAGUAAUCGAUGCUGCGAAGUCCCGACUUGAAGCUACAUGCCCUGGAGUGGUAUCUUGUGCUGAUAUUCUUGCCCUUGCUGCCCGUGAUUCUGUGGUCCUGACCGGCGGACGUAGUUGGCAGGUGCCAUUAGGCCGUAGAGAUGGAUUGGUAUCCCGAGCAUCUGAUACUGCAAGCUUACCUGCGUUUAAUGACCCUAUUAGUGUUCAAAUCAAAAAGUUUGCAGAUAAAGGUCUUAACACACAAGAUCUUGUUACUCUUGUUGGAGGACACACAAUUGGAACAGCAGCUUGUGGAGUAUUCAGCUACAGACUAUAUAAUUUCAAUAAUACCAAUGGACCCGACCCCGACAUAAACCCAGCGUUCCUUCCCCAACUCCGAGCACUUUGUCCCAAUGGUGGUGAUGGGUCGAGGCGUGUGGACCUUGAUACAGGCAGCGUUGAUAGAUUUGGCAAUUCCUUCUAUGAAAAUUUGAGGAAGGGAAGAGGAGUUAUUGAAUCCGAUGCGAAGCUAUGGAGUGACCGUAGGACACAAAAGUUUGUACAAGGGUUUCUGGGAAGUGGGGGGCAACCUGCAUUGAGAUUCAACUACGAGUUUGGAAGAGCCAUGGUGAAGAUGGGUAAUACUGAGGUCAAGACGGGGAGACAAGGAGAAAUUCGUAGAGUUUGUACUGCAACCAAUUGAUGAGAAUGUAGGUUUAAUUCGAUUCAUAAGUUGUUAAUAGCAUCAACUUGAAUUAUGAGUGUGUUUGAUAUUGUGUGGUUUGUUCAAUGUUCAGAAUGGAACAUGAUCUUUUGGAAUAAAUUGUUAAAUCGAGUGUUUUAUUAUUACUA